AUGGUAGCUCCCACAGCAGUCAAGACCGUUCGAGAUAAAUCUGCUGUAGCAGCAGUUCCAAAAGCUUUGACGGCGGAAAAAGAUGAUGAUAUUAUGAUUGAUGUGGAUACAGUGAGUAAUGCUACUCCAGCAGAGACAGCUGAAGAGAAGAAACCAAAAGCGGGAAUCGUACUAGAUGAAUCAGGAAAGCCCAAAUUUCAGUCACAGGCAGCUUCAGGAAUGACGGUUAAAUUGGAGUCUAGAAAAGUGGCUAUACCUCCACACAGAGUAGGCCCAUUGAAAAGUAACUGGAUCAAGAUCUAUCCUGCUCUAGUGGAACAUUUGAAGUUACAAGUGAGAAUGAACUUGAGAAGAAAGCACGUGGAGCUAAGAACAUGUAAGAAGACUGUGGAUCCCGGCGCUCUUCAGAAAGGUGCUGAUUUCGUCCAUGCCUUUGCAUUAGGCUUUGAUCUUGAUGAUGCCAUUGCUUUGCUUCGGUUGGAUGACUUGUAUAUUGAAACAUUUGAAAUUCAAGACGUGAAAAGUCUACAUGGUGAUCAUCUUUCUCGUGCAAUUGGUCGUAUCGCCGGUAAGGAUGGUCGUACCAAAUUUGCUAUAGAAAAUGCCACCAGAACGAGAAUAGUAUUGGCUGAUUCCAAAGUGCACAUUAUGGGAGGUUUCUCACAUAUUAAAAUGGCCAGAGAGGCUGUAAUGAGUUUAAUUUUGGGUUCUCCUCCUGGUAAAGUGUACGGUAACUUGAGAACCAUGGCUUCUCGUCUUAAAGAGAGGUACUGA